UGCACUGAUUUAGGGAGUCCCCGUGCUCCCUUGUACUUUGGCCAGUUCAGAAUUUGUCUCUUCUCCUGCCCUUCUACUCUGCAUAUCUAAUAUAACACUGGCACAGUUCAUUUGCAAGGGAGAAAUGAUGCUCUUACAGGAUUGUCGUUGUCUCCUUCUCAGGAAAAAGUAACUAGUCCAGCUGUGUCCUCUGUAGGAACAUGGAAGCUAGUUUGUAAGCUAAGGAGCAAUGAUAGAUGAUAGAACUACCUAAUAUCUGCUUGCAUUCUAGCUGAAAUACAUGCUUUUUCUCAAUUACUUUUAAGUUCUCAUAAACAUAUUCUUACUAAUUUUUUUUAAGCAAUUACAUACUUAGUUCUUUCACUAUAUUCAUCCCUUCCCACUUUGCAAUAAAUGUUUUGUGGGCUUCCUGAAGAAGGAAGGACGUUUAAAGUUUGAGCCCAGUAAUAUUUGCAGCAAAGCUGUUAAUAAAAGCCUCCAUGAAUCUGAGGCCAGGCAGUCUUUGGUACCAAAAUUGGAAAUCUGGUGGGCUCCAAAAAGCAUUGAAACCAGAACUAGGAACUAUGUCUGCCUCUCUGGUCCCCUGCCAAGUUUUGUGGGUUUUCUGCUCCAGUUGUAUAUGAAAGUUUUGUAAACGAGGAAUUCAUGGGCUAUAUGAGCAGUAGAGAGCUGUCAAACAUGAGUGAACAAAUUAGAGAGACUUGUUGCUCUCCACCCACCCCGAUCUGUUCUGCAGUUUAAGGUUCUGCUUGUAAUACAUGUGGAGUAUUUCUAAAUAAGUGGGUCGUUCACUUGUUGCACGUUUUUUCUUUUAAAGAAAUGGACACCUAAAACUAGGCUGUUGAACUGGUAGAGAGAUUUAAAAAAUAGUUCCAUAGCAAAUUUUAGGUGUCUGUUUUUGAAAAUCAUGGUUACUAUAUUUAUGAAGAUUAACUGACCUAAACAGAGCUUUAAAAUAAAACUGCUUUGGCAUUUUAAAGAAUUAAAAAGCUUUCAUUUUGUUUGACUAAUAUUCUAAAAUGUAUCAAAUCAAGUCCCUAAAUGUUAGGGUGGUUUCUGCUUGUGGGCUGUUUAGAUACUGAAUCUCUUAUCUCUACUAGAGAUCCUGGUGUUCUGAAAACCAAAGAUCAAUAGACCUAGGUGUAAAUACAUUCAAGGCUUUUCAGUUAGCAAUGCUACCAAGUUCAUAUUUUGAAACUAACUUGAGAUGAUGCAUUUCCAACUUUAUCAAAUAAGAAAAAUAAAUUCUAGCGCUUAGUUCCUUCAGAAAUCAAGAAGGGGGAAAAGUGAUGGGGAAGAGGAAAGAACAGUAAAGAGACCGAGCCAACGUGUUACUUCUCAAAGUCUGCCUUUGCCCUGUCUAUCUGUGUAGCAGACAUUCAAGGAGGAGUUGGGUAGCGGUAGAAAGCUCUCCCUCAUAGCGUAGCUUUCCAUGUGGGAAAAUGUUGCUGGGUGUCAAAAGCAUAACAUGAGCAUGAACAGCCAGGUCCUCAAUCUGCUGUUGAAAUGGAAACUAGAUCUGCUGAUGAAAUUGUGUGUUAAGUAGUUGUGCCUUUUAGUUCAAGUUCAGCUCCAGUGGAAACUGUGAACAGAUGUAUCCCUGGCUCACGAUUCCAAAAUCUUUCCAUUGGGAUGGACCAAUUUAAACAGAUCAACCUCAAUAAUAAUUUUAAACUUAAAUGGGCAUAUGCCUGUGACCAGUCUUUUUCUUGUUUAAAAAAAGUCCUGAUGUGUAUUCCCAUCUUUAUUUGGGGAAUCUUUGUUCGCUGGCUCUCACUUCCUGUUUUCUGAAAUGAGCUCUUAUUUGUUGUUAGAGUAUGACUGUAGUUGUUGUUCAUUCUAGCCAUAUUUGCGGCUUAUUCUAGCAAAAGAAUUAGACUGCUUUGCUAAUAUUUCUGCACUACUGAUUUUAAGCUUCCUCAAAAGAAAAAAAAAUCUGCUAUAUGAGUCUGUGAAACAGAAGGGCUCUGGAACAGGUGAAGCAGACUUAAGGCAUUUCCAUUAAGCGAUAUUUCUUUUUCUUUAGUCUUCAGAAACUAGCAUGUAAAUAGAAAUGAGAGAUUUUCUCAUUACCCCCACAAACGCAUGGGAGGUGCUUGCAUUCAAAGAGUAUGAUUUGAAACAGUCAACAUGGACUUUUCACGCCUACACACGUACACCCCUCCCCAAUGUGUGCCAGAGAACACUGGCUAUACAUAUGCACUCAGUUCAAGUUAUUCUUCAGCUGCUUUGGAUUUUGAGACUGAACACAAAUUGGACCCAGUAUUUGAUUCACCAAGAAUGUCACGGCGUAGCUUACGGUUAGCUGCUGCAGGAUUUAAUAAAUCAGAUGAUGCCCGAAAUGAUAUCCAUGAUGGCUUUUACGCCGCAAACAUGCCUUUCAGAGAACAAUCUAAGAUGGUGAAGCAACGCAGAAGUAUGAAUAAACAAUCUGGCACUGUGAGGCAUACGCCAAGGAAAAAUCUAUCCAGCUCUUCUAUUUUUAGCCAAAGCAGUUUCAAUAGCCAUGCCAGUGAUACAUCAAUGGUAUCCACUGUAUUGGACGAAUCUUUGAUUCGAGAGCAAACUGAAGUUGAUCAUUUCUGGGGUCUUGAUGAUGACGGUGACCCUAAAGGUAGUGAUACUACACUGAUGCAGGGGAAUGGUGAUGUAGCAACAGCCGAAAUGCAGACUGCAGUGAUCAAUGGCUAUACUUGCAAUGAUUGCAGCAUGCUUUCUGAACGGAAGGAGGUUCUUACAGCAUACUCUGCUUCCCAUGUGCCAUCUUCCAGGAUUUACUCCAGGGAUAGAAGCCAGAAACAUACAUCUAGAGGCACCCAUUUCUACAUGAAUAAGAUUCUGCGAUUGGUCAAACAUGCUGCAGCAUCUUUUGCGUCACUCUUAGUGCAUCUAUUUCAAAUGGUUCUGCUGAAGCUGGGUUAUGAAUUUAAAGCUCACUCGGAUUACUGUGGAAGCAUGAAUGUGAAGGAGUUUUUCAGAGACAAUAGCCGUCUUGGUGUAAAUGAGGAAUCAAUAUGUGAUGACUGUAAGGGGAAGAAACAUCUUGAAACAUACACCACAGACCACAUGCAAUCCUCAUGGGCUAAAAGGGUAGCAAGGACCAUUUGGCACACCUUUUCUCAUGCAGGUUACUUUAUGGUUCACGUGUUGCGAACAGUGGGAGCAACUGGAUGGCUUGUGUCUCAGAAGGUGUUGUCUCUACUUUGGCUGCCCAUUUUUUCCUCAGGGAGGGCAGCUUCUGGCAUGUUCUGGUGGCUUAGAACUGGAUGGUAUCAACUUGUUACUCUGAUGUCUUUGCUCAGUGCAUUUUUUCUUAGAAGAUGCCUUCCAAAUAUUUUCAAGCUAUUACUGUUUCUCAUCCUACUGCUGUUUUUACUAGGUAUGUGGUCCUGGGGGUUUGAUCGCUUCAUUUCAUUUCUACCCUUACUGAACUGGACAAAAAUUCACACAGUACAGAGAAUAGAUGACUCUAUUCAUAUUCUCAAACCACAGCCUGAUUCUUCUCAUUCUGUGCAGCCUCCAAAGGAUACCAUAAAUAUCUUUGAUUCUGGUCGUAUAACUGAGCUGGAAAAGCAAAUGGCCUUCGUGUCUGACAGAUGCCAUCACCAUGAUGAAGAAUAUAGCAAAGUGAUGCUUCUACUCCAGAACCUUCAAGAUCAAGUUGCCCAGAUGAGUGACAGAAGUGAAAUAUUGACACUAAUAAAAAAUGUGAUGAGUCAACAUCUCAAAGACAUGAAAGAAGAAGAAAAGACUGACUUCCUGGCUUUACAUCAAGAACAUGAGAUGCGCAUCGUGACACUCGGAGACCUUCUCGGAAAACUCUCUGCUAAGUCUGAGGACAUCCAGAAGGAGCUUGACGUAGCCAAAGCAAAAACGACGCGAGAUGGUGAUGAACAUAAUAACCUUUUAUCCAAAGUUAAAAAGCUAGAACUAGAGUUGUCUCAGAUGAAAUCAGAGCUGUUAAAUUGGCAAAGUGUGAAGACAAGUUGCGACAAAAUAGAUGUCAUUCAUGAAAAAGUGGAUGCCCAGGUCAAAGAAUCCAUCAAGCUAAUGUUUUUUGGUGAUCGACAAGAAGACUUUCCUGAAUCACUUCUUCAAUGGCUUGCAUCCAAUUUUGUGAGCAAAAGUGAUUUGCAGACUUUGCUGCAAGAUCUAGAGUUGCAGAUCCUCAAGAAUAUUACUCUCCAUAUGUCUUCUACAAACCAAAAACUAACAUCUGAAGUAGUAACAAAUGCUGUGAAUAAUGUAGGGGUUUCUGGAAUCACGGAAGCGCAAGCGCGCAUAAUCGUAAACAAUGCAUUGAAGCUCUAUUCUCAAGACAAGACUGGCAUGGUGGAUUUUGCCUUAGAAUCUGGAGGUGGCAGUAUUCUGAGUACUCGCUGCUCUGAAACCUAUGAGACGAAAACAGCAUUAAUUAGCCUCUUUGGAAUUCCUCUGUGGUACUUCUCUCAGUCUCCCAGAGUGGUGAUUCAGCCGGACAUGUAUCCAGGAAACUGCUGGGCUUUCAAAGGAUCACAGGGGUAUCUUGUAGUUAGACUUUCAAUGAAGAUCUACCCAACUGCCUUUACAGUGGAACAUAUACCAAAAACACUUUCACCAACAGGAAAUAUCACCAGUGCUCCUAAGAACUUUUCAGUAUAUGGUCUAGAUGAUGAAUAUCAAGAAGAAGGUGUGCUUCUUGGACAUUACUAUUAUGAUCAAGGAGGAGAGCCACUGCAGAUGUUUCCAGUAAAGGAGAAAAAUGAAAAUGUAUUCCAAAUAGUGGAACUGAGAAUUGUUUCUAAUUGGGGACAUGCAGAAUAUACGUGUCUUUAUCGGUUCAGAGUGCAUGGGAAACCAGCCGAAUAACCUCCUACACUACAGCUUGGUGGCUUUUUUUUCCUUGUUGUACAUUUUAUUUUCAAUCUGUAUAUACCGGAAAACCUAGAACACUGGAAUCUCUAAAGGAUGAGGAUGUGAGAUGUAUACUGCAGAAUUACUGAUCCUCUGAUAAAGGCAGAAGACUGUCAGCAGAACUGUAUUAACAUAAAUUUUAUUCGCUCUGGUGCUCAGCUUGUAAUUGCCAGUUAGCUUUAUAUUUUUGUGUCCAUGCUGAAAAAAAUAAUGCAUGCAAACUACUCUGGUUCAUAAAGCCUAGUUAGCAAACAGAUGAUACCUAUUUUAUUACAAAUGAAUGUAUAGGUUUUUAAAAGAAUAAACCACACUUUCCGCAACUAGGAAUCUGUUCUUUUAAUCCAGGAUUCAACUGCAUACUUCUGUUAGCUUGACACCGUAAGCCAGAAACUGUGGUACAUUUUAAAUGCUGACUAGCUAGAGGUGUGUUUCAGAUGACCCUAGUCUUUGACCGUUCUUGGUGGAUCUGAAAGGGCUUAUUUAAUAAUGUUAAAUAUGAUAAAUAUUACUGUCAGGGAUAGUUAAUGCAACCAAAACUAGUUUAAACACCAGCGAAUGAGAAUGCUUUACUGUAACUUGUGGCCAUGAGUAGAUCUAAAAGUCAGGGAUAAUUUUAACUGAAGUUAUUUAAGGGUUUUUACCAUAGCAGCUCAGUCACCUUGUUUAAUUGCUGUAUACUAAUGUUUACUAAGCAAUUUAGCAGGCUUAACAGCUCCAAUCUAGCUAAUCAGUGCAUCAAGACUGAUUUGGAACCAACACUGGAGAGAGGAACAAUCUUCAUUUGCCAAAAAUGAUCUUUUGGGGAACAAAAGCUCAUUAGGCUGGUUCAUUUUAUAGUCAGUAAACGUUGUACUGUGAUAACGCAGUAUGUGAAAACAAGACCAUGAAGUAAACCUUACUACUCUGCAUUUACGAGAGGCUCAUGCUCAAUAUUGGUGUAUUUAAAUAUUUAAGCAUUUUAAAUAAUUCCCAGAAAAUUUAGUCAGAUACAAGAACAUGAGAGUGAUCAUUUGCUCUCGCAGUGUGUUUAUGUAGAACUGAAUUGGACCUUAUGUUGAGUUGCAGCUGCUUAUUGUACCCCUCAGGAUUGCUACUUUGAAGUUCCCUCUCAGAAAAGAUUCCUAAAAUGUACUUGUAUGCAGAAAUUUUAUCUUGCUGUUAUGAUUAGUCAACUUAGCUACACAUGAACUGUUAACACAUUGAACUGCUGACUGGUUUUCUGAAUAGAGUAAUGUAUGUUGCACAAUAGUCCUCGAAUGUUUAAACAAGUCUCCAUGUGAAGAACACUCUUGAGCUAGAGACAACCUAUGGCCUACACAGAGGAGCUAGAUUAAACGUGUACAGGUGUUUUCUUAUUACAGGUUACAUAUUUAAAAUUAGAAUUAUCCUGUAUAAAUUGAAAUUACAUACUUGGGGUGGGCAUAUUUUGAAUAACACUAACUUAUUUUUAAAAAAGCAAGAUAGGACUUUGUGCAAUGUAUUUUUGUAAAUGCUUUUCAAAAUACGUCUCUGUUCUUCUUUGCUGCCUACAAACUGACAAGAUGCUAUUGAGAUGUUUAAAUAAAGAGUUUUAAUUUUUGAAAGCGCAUGUAAUAUUUGAAACAAGUAAUAAAGUUUCCCUUCUGUA